AAGGCAAUCAGAAUGGGGGACAAGACAAAAGAGAAAGAUCUUCGUCAAUAUGAAGUCUCUGACUCUGAGCACUCUCUUCAUCCUUGCAGUAGCAUAUUCAUUGAUGGUUCAGGCAACUCACCAAGAGUGUAAAUGUGGAAAUUUAGGACCAGGUACAAAUCCUUGCACCUGUACCGAUUCCGUUGUGACAGCUGCAAAAUUACCAGAACCAACGUAUUAUGUAUCACCGCAAGACAUUAACGAUGCGGCAGCUGCACGUAACAGUCAAAAUAGUCAGUCUGAUUCGCAAAGUAUUUCUACUCCUGUUACAUACACCAUCAGUGAGAGUGAUUCUACGAUACGUAGUAGCAGCGGUUCUUCUCUAUUGCCUGUUCCUCAAACAGACGUUAUACCUGUUCCUUCUGAAAGUUCAAGCAGAAGUAACUCCGGCUGUGGUUGUGCCAAACAAACAUCAGAAACACAAACUGGUGAUUCAAUAAUUCCAACCAGUAAUAGUGGCAAAAUUGUACCCAGUUUUCCACCAAUUGGCGAUUUAUGUUACCCGCUUCCAGUCGACCCCCGCAGUGGAAAACUACUACUGAUAGAGAAAACAAAAGUAACUCCAGCUUAUCCUGGUAAAAUCAUAUGCAGCAGCUGUACUAACCCAUCACCCAACCAACUUCCUUAUGAGAUUUGUAUGAACGUGCUCACUGGCGAGACUACAACCAGAAUAAUCGAAACCGGCACUUUGGGUACAACAAGUGGAUCCAGUCCAACGAUAUUUGCAAAACCAAAUUCUCCUGUACCUGGUAUAUCAACAUCUGGAGGAAAUGGAGUUACUACUGGUACACUACCUGGGGCACCUACCGCAAACAGAUUAGGAUUGUUUGGAAAUUUGUAUCCUAAAACAUAUAGUGGAUCCAGGCCAAGUUUGCUCCCAAAUAUAAAUUUGGGAACAUUUAGUAGAUCAAGGUCAAGGAUGUAUGGACAUCCACACUUUGGAUUAAGCCAACCCAGCUUCGGAAUGUACAAUAUACCUCCAGCACGUGCUAUUGGACAAAAACAAUUCUCUAUAACUGGCAGCACUUCAAAUUGUUUUGAUGAUGACACAGAUGAAACUGUAGUAGAUCAUUCGUAUCCGGAGAUGCCAGCAGACGCAGUCUCUCUUACUCUCGCGUACAAAAACCUUCGCGCUCCAAAUGUAAUUUAUAGACAAGGAAAACAAUUUAUACCGGAAGAUAAAUUAUCGUUUGGUCAUCGAACGGUGCCAAAUGAAUCGAAAAAUGACAAGAAGACUCUUGAUAUUCCGGAAGAGAAACUUGUGAUGGUUGAGAAACCUGUCGUAGAAUUAAAACUAGCGCCCCCGAGAACUGUGGUUAUUGGUUCAUACGAUGAACAAGAAGAAGCGAAACUCGCGGAACUUGAAGCGAUUGAACGUGAAAGUAUAACGCAAGAAGAAUCUGCAGAUCAAAUGUCAGAGAGCCUUCUCACUUAUAAAGAUCUGGGUUACGCACCUGUGGGUUCAGUAUAUAUGAAAUCAAGAAAACACAAUCAUGGAAUAAUCAAUGGAGAAAUUAAUGAUAGUGCAGAAGAACCAUGUGGUCCCUUAGGUCCACCAAUACCAGAUUAUAUUCCAGGCAAAGUCAUAGUUCAGGAAACGGUCAUCGAAGAUAAUUUUGGAAAUCCUGGAAAUAUCGAGAUACAUCCAACAAAUCCUCCGUGUCCACAAUGAUUGAUUAAACAAUAAAAUAGUCAAUUCUUUUGGUUGUAGACCAUUAGAAAUCGUUAUCCUGUACAUAUUUUUUGAGAAAUAAAACGUUUUCAAUGAAA